CUGCACAUAUUCAUAUAUUUCAGUUAUACCUCUGGGCUGCAGUUAUUUGCCUGCAGAACAGAUACAAAUAUUUUCUUGUAAAGCGGCGUACAAACUAUUUUUAAAUGAGAAAAUUAAACAACACAAACCCCAGUUUAACAUUCUUUAGCUUUAAUUUACCGAACAUGUCAAAACCCAACCACCUCUCGUGGUAAAUAUAUGCAAAAGAAUGGAAAGUUUUUAUUUAUGGAGUAUAAAGUAUAGAAGUAGUUGCAAUUCACCUAUAUUCUGCUUUAACUGAAUUAUAUCAAGUGGGGCAUUGGGAAUACAAAUGUUUUUAUAUUGUAUUUUAUAGCGUUGUAAAAUGCCAACAAACAACACAGGCCGUGUAAAAUAUUAACACACAAAAAAAAGUCACAAUUGUAUUUGAUCCUCGAGGUGUGAGGCCCAAACACAACUAAUAGCUCAUGCACGACAAAAACCUCCCUUUGCAAAAUGUAUUUUUCACAUUUUACAUAAAUGCAUAUACAUUGAGAAAAUAAUGAUCACGCAGAAAAGUUGUGGAAUAUUGGUCAAGUACAGUAGGACACAUUAAAUGUACUUUUUUACGGUGAGCUGAUGGCUGAAGGGUGUGAGUUUGCAAAGCAAACAUGGAUCAGCCCUCCAGUAUUGAGCAAGCACUCUAUUUGAUCUUCAUUUCAGGCGUGACCCGGUUCUCCAGGUACAGUAUUUGCUUUUAUUACCAACGCUGAGACACGCAAAAACUAGAAUUCUUCAUGCUCGUCUCAUUGUUUUAGGUGGGUGCGACUCAAAAACGUAACAAUGGCGCAGAAAGCUUUGGCUUUGAAGGAAAUGAUGACAAAACGUUGUCCCAAGAGGGAGAACCUGGACCCUCGAAAAUGGCUGAAUCGGGACCCAAUGAAAGCUUUUGAGGAUUUAGUUCUGACCAAACAUCCAGCAGACGAGAUGGACAACAGCUUCGACAACAGAGAGAUGUUGCUGCAAACGGAGAAGCAGUUUUUCGAAGCAGCUAAGAGCAACGACGUAGCCGCAAUGAGGACGCUCGGAAAGGGUUUAAAUGCCAACGCGAAGAAUGUGUACAAUCGGACUGCCCUUCACUACGCAGUCGCCGGCAAAAACAAGGAAGCGGUCGAGCUGCUUCUCGGACGCAGAGUCCAAGUUGAUCAGAGGGACAAGUUUGGUGUGGCACCCAUUCAUUUGGCUGCAUGGUUUGGCAGCUUAGAGAUCCUGAAAUUAUUAGUGCGGGCCGGAGCAGAACAGAAGAUUGAGAAUGAGGACGGACACAACAUCAUGCACUGUGCUGCUAUCAACAAUCACAUGGACAUCGUGGAAUACAUUGUCAAAGACCUGCAAAUGAAAGAACUGGACAAAGAUGAUCAGUCAGGCCAUUGUGCAUUUGCCAUGGCGGCAAAGCACGGAUGCAUGCAAAUGUUAGAGAUGCUGAUGGAGCCCUGUUACAACAUGGCCACCAUGAGGCCCAACAAGAGAGGAGACACGCCCCUGCAUUUAGCUGCCAGGAACGGCCACUUGGACGCCGUCCAACUGCUGCUGCAGAGCUUUGAUACUCGGGAUGAAGUUAAUAUGGACGGUGAGACUGCUCUGUUCCAGGCUGCCGAGAACGCUCAAGAACAGUGCGUCCUGGCUUUGCUGAAAGCCGGCUGCGACCCCAACAUCCGAACGACGAGCAAAUGCAGCGCCCUUCACCCAGCUUCGGAGAGAGGAGACACGUCUCUUGUCAGUCUCCUUUUGGAACAUAAAGCUUAUACAGAUUUUGAGAAUGAGGACUUGGAGGUUCCUCUCCACCUGGCCGUGAAAAACAGCCGCAUACCUGUCAUGCAUUUUCUAAUGGAGGCAGGAUGCAAUUUGAACGUCCCUAAUAAGCGGUCUCAGACUGUCAUGCAUCUUGCUGCUGAGCUGGCAAGAGUCGACGUGGUGGAAAUGCUGCUGAAAGCCGAGGUUGACCUGACACUCGAGGACACGCAGGGAAAGACGGCGCUCGGAGUGGCGGCCAGGGCGGACGAGGUGGUCAUCGUGGACAUGAUCAUCAAGGCGGAAAGAUACAACACGUGGAAAAAGGCCAACCCGCAGUGUAAUGAGAGCGUUCACAGCGAGUAUCCGCUAACAUUCAAACUGGACCACCGCAACGAGACCAAGCAGCUCCGCUCCGUUACCUGGCGCCUGGCCUACGAGCUCCUGAAGCCGAGAGACUGGAAGAGUCUGGCGGAACACUGGAGGUUCACUCCGCGGCAAGUGUGCGCCAUCGAGAGGCAGUGGACGGGGCAGCAGAGCUACAAGGAACAUGGCAACAGGAUGCUACUCAUCUGGCUCCACGGAGAAGAGCUGGCCCAAAAUCCUUCGAUAGAACUCUACCAAGCCCUUGUCCAAACAGGACAUAGCAGAGUUGCAGAUAAGAUUCGGACGGAAUCAGGGGGUGUCAGCAGUAGGAGCUGCAGAGUUUCAUGAUACAAGUUGCGUUAC